AUGAGCCAACUGAGGGGCCUCGCCAGCGAGAUUCUCGGCGCUUUCGGCGACCAGUCGCUGGCCACAAAGCGAGGUGCGCUGGCAGACUCCACUGCCAACAUGGAGGUACUCAUGCUUCGGCAGCAGGCGCGGGCCAAGGAGCAUCGACUCAACCAGCUGAAAGACGAUGUGGAGGUGGAGCAGCUCUUUUUCAAGAUUCGGAUGUCAGCCAACCGCUUUGAUCAGAGCAAUGCGGACGGGAAGGCCUUGAUGCAGAAGUGCAAGGCGCUCCUGAGCGAAAAUCGGGAGCUGGGCGAGUUGAUGCGAGAGGCACCUCGCGUGCUCGGGCUGCUGGUGCCCGGUGUGAGAAAGCCUGGUGAGCUGUCAGAGAAGUGGGAGCGCUUGGCGGACCUCCGCGUGGCCUUGCAGAACGAGCAGAGGAAAAAUGCGGAGCUCCAGCAGAAGUGUGAGGAGCCGGUUUGGAAGAAAGAGGCCGUCGAGUUCUGCAAAGAGCUCGGCCAGGACAGCGAGAAGCUGCAGGCGAGCAUGGCGAAAGUCGCUGGCGAUCUGCUGCAGGCCAAGAACGAGCUCGAAGUGCUCAGAAGACAACGCCACGAAGCGCGCGUGCACCGUAAGCAGGCCAAGCUCCAGCGGCAGCAAGCGGAGCGUCUGGCAGCAGAGGUUCAGUCGGACUUGGCCGGAGCGGAGGCCUGCUGCAUUUGGCAUAUUUUGGCUUCGCAGCGCCGGCGACAACUGCUGCUCCAGUCCAUGUGGGCGCGUCUCUGCAACGCCAUGAGAUGGGCAUGCGGUAUGCCCAAUGCCCAACGUACGGGCGUUUUGUAG